GUGUGCAGCACUGAGCUUGAGCAGACUCCCCGCAGGGCUCCCCAGGGUUACACACUCUGCUCUGUACAUGGCUGUCGGGAGGGAGUAAUUUGGUGGACGGCGGUGCUAACACUUUGUGGUCACAUAGCGAGUGUCUCGUGGCACCAGUACCAGAAAAAUGGAGCAAGAAUUUGAGGAUAUAGAUUCAUCCGGAAGAUGGCAAAACCUUUACAAUGAAAUCCGAAACCAAGCCAGUGAAUAUCCCUACAAAGUGGCAAAACUUCCAGUGAAUCGAAAUUUGAACCGAUACAGAGAUGUCAGCCCAUAUGAUCACAGUCGGGUAAAACUUGAAAACUCUGAAAAUGACUACAUCAAUGCAAGUUUAGUUGUGGUGGAGGAAGCCCAAAGAGCUUAUAUUCUAUCUCAGGGGCCUUUGAGGAAUACCUGUGGUCAUUUCUGGCUGAUGAUCUGGGAGCAGUGUACCAAAGCUGUUAUAAUGCUCAACAGAGUCAUAGAAAAGGGAUCAGAAAAGUGUGCACAGUACUGGCCCACCACAGAAGAGCAACAGAUGUCGUUCACAGACACGGGGUUUGUUGUGAGGCUAGUUUCGGAGGAGGAUCAGUCCUAUUAUAUAAUCCGAGUGCUAGAACUGCAAAACAUAAAGACAGGGGAGUCCAGGGAGAUCUACCACUUUCACUAUACCACAUGGCCUGACUUUGGUGUCCCAGAAUCCCCCGCCUCCUUCCUCAACUUCCUCUUCAAGGUUCGUGAGUCGGGCUCCUUGGGUCAGGAGCACGGGCCCUCUGUGGUGCACUGCAGCGCUGGGAUAGGACGCUCAGGGACCUUCUCCUUAGUGGACACCUGCCUCGUCCUGAUGGACAAGAGGAAGGAUCCAUCCUCAGUGAACAUCCAGAAGGUCCUAUUGGACAUGAGGGAAUACCGUAUGGGCCUGAUCCAGACCCCCGACCAGCUCCGCUUCUCCUACAUGGCUGUCAUUGAGGGAGCCAGGCUCAUCUCAACAGACAACUCGACACAGCAGAACAAGCGGCGAGUGGUGUUCAGAGAUGAGUCAGAGCCAGAUCUGCCCCCUCCACCGCCACCACCCAGACCUCACCUCAACGACAACAGGCCCAAUGGCCAGCCAGCACCCGGCCCGGAGCCGGAGCCUGCCUCAGGACAAAAUUGGUCAACAGGGGAACUGGCCGCCACACGCAGCCAAGACCACAACACGGCAGAGAAUGCUGGGCACUUACGAAAGCGGCACCGUGAGGAGAGGAUCGCCAGCACUGCACAGAAGGUGCAGCAGAUGAAACAGAGACUGAGCGACUCGGAGAGGAAAAGAGAAAACUGGCAGUACUGGAAGCCUGUUGUGCUCGGUGUAAGUGCCGGGACAGCCCUGGCUGCUGGACUGCUCGUGUGCUGGAUGUACUUCCAGUGAAAAACUCUUGGUCACUUAAACUGACUUUUAUUUUGCACCAGUACCUGGGAUUAGGUACUUCUUUAAGUAGGUUUAGAUGGUAAUUUGUUCAUAACUGGGGGUAUUUAUUUCUUAAGGUCAAAAUGCCAGAGCGCUAGAUCAAAUGAGUGUGUGUAUAUUUUUCAUGUAAGAUCUCAACAAAAAUAGUAACAUCUCAGGAUCUUGGUGCCAGCACGAUGAUUUUUUGAUUUCUUUUUUUUUUUUUUUUUCCCUUUGUCUCUAUUGAUGAAUGUACUGUAUCAUAACAACGCUUUUGGGGGGUGGGAAGGGGGGGUUGAAAAAAGAAAAAAACUUACUAAAGGUGCAGUACAAAGAAAAAGAAUAUUCUGACAAUUUUAUUUUUGCAUUCUUUAUUUGUAAACGUCAGAUGUUUAUCGAUCAUCUGUGGACAUGUUCUACAUUUUGCAUUUCACAUGGUGUGUGCUGACUUUUCAACAAGUUGAGACUCCAGAACCUAGAGGUCAACUACAAUACAGAUUUUUUUUUUCCUGUG